AUGCUUCGAACCUCACUGCGGCAAUCGAGCAGCCAGCUUCUGAGAGGUGGCUGCUCAGCUAGAACCCUAUGCACAACCUCAAGAUCUCCUCUCUCUAUCUCGAAUGUCACAUCAAGAUCUGUCCAAUCAUCGAAACGACGUUCUCUAGCUAUCGUAUCCCAAAAGAGACAUGAAUCGACAACUGCAAGUGCCCCAUCCUCAAACGACAGUUUCUUGUCCGGAAAUACCGCAAACUACAUAGAUGAGAUGUAUAUGCAGUGGAAGGAAGACCCACCGAGUGUGCAUAUAUCAUGGCAGGUUUACUUCAGGAAUAUGGAAAGUGGCGAUAUGCCAAUGUCGCAAGCUUUCACUCCUCCUCCAACUUUGGUUCCCACACCUACCGGAGGUGUACCAAGUUUUUUGCCAGGCCCAGGUGGCGGAGAGGGAUCAGAAAUCACAAAUCACUUGAAGGUCCAGCUUUUGUGCCGUGCAUAUCAAGCUCGUGGACAUCACAAAGCAGAUAUCGAUCCUCUCGGAAUUAGACGCGAGGCUGAGGAAUUUGGCUACAGCAAACCCAAGGAGCUCCAACUCGAACAUUAUCAAUUCACGGAAAAAGAUCUUGAUACCGAAUAUUCUUUGGGACCUGGUAUCCUGCCACAUUUCAAGAAAGCAGGCCGUGAGAAGAUGACACUGCGCGAGAUUAUCGCGGCGUGCGAGCGUAUCUAUUGCGGUUCUUACGGUGUCGAAUACAUCCAUAUCCCCGACAGAGAACAAUGUGAUUGGCUACGAGCUCGCAUUGAGGUCGAAAGGCCUUUCAAAUACUCAAUCGAUGAGAAGCGCCGAAUCUUGGAUCGUUUGAUUUGGAGUUCAAGUUUCGAAAGUUUCUCGGCCACCAAAUACCCCAACGACAAGCGUUUCGGUCUGGAAGGUUGUGAGACCUUGGUUCCUGGAAUGAAAGCUCUAAUUGACAGAAGUGUCGACUUUGGCGUCAAAGAUAUUGUCAUUGGAAUGCCCCAUCGUGGUCGUUUGAACGUUCUCAGUAACGUUGUCCGAAAACCCAACGAGUCAAUCUUCAGUGAAUUUGGUGGUACUGCCGCUGCCGAAGACGAAGGUUCCGGUGAUGUUAAGUACCAUUUGGGAAUGAACUUUGAGCGACCAACUCCUUCUGGCAAACGUGUACAACUUUCUUUGGUUGCCAAUCCCUCCCAUCUCGAGGCCGAAGACCCUGUCGUUCUCGGUAAGACUCGAGCUAUCCAGCACUACAACAAUGAUGAGAAAGACCACAAGACUGCUAUGGGUGUUCUCCUCCACGGCGAUGCUGCCUUUGCUGCUCAAGGUAUUGUAUAUGAAUGUUUGGGUUUCCACUCUUUACCUGCAUACUCCACAGGUGGUACAAUCCAUUUGGUCGUCAAUAAUCAAAUUGGUUUCACCACCGAUCCACGAUUCGCUCGAUCAACAGCUUACUGUACCGAUAUUGCCAAGUCGAUUGAUGCUCCAGUCUUCCACGUCAAUGCUGAUGAUGUUGAGGCUGUCAACUACGUUUGUCAACUGGCCGCUGAUUGGCGUGCCGAAUUCCAACGUGAUGUUGUCAUUGAUCUCGUCUGUUAUAGAAAGCAUGGUCACAAUGAAACCGAUCAACCAUCUUUCACACAACCUUUAAUGUACAAGCGCAUCCAGAAGCACAAGUCUCAAAUUGAUAUUUACAUUGAUCAACUUCUCAAAGACGGUAGCUUUACCAAGGAUGAUAUCGAUGAGCAUCGAAAGUGGGUCUGGGGAAUGUUGGAGGAGAGCUUCGCCAAGAGCAAGGAUUACCAACCGACAUCAAAGGAGUGGACCACAUCCGCUUGGAACGGCUUCAAGUCGCCGAAGGAACUUGCUACCGAAGUUCUUCCACACAACCCCACAGGUGUACCAGCCCACACUUUAGAGCACAUUGCUGAAACAAUCGGUUCAUACCCAGAAGGCUUUAACGUUCACCGUAACCUCAAGCGUAUCUUGACUAACCGUAUCAAGACUGUGAGUGAAGGACAGAACAUCGACUGGUCAACGGCCGAAGCUCUCGCAUUCGGAACCCUCGUCGGCGAAGGCCAUCACGUCCGUGUCUCGGGUCAAGAUGUUGAGCGUGGUACUUUCUCGCAAAGACACUCUGUUUUCCAUGAUCAAGAAACCGAGAAAACCUACACACCUUUGCAACACAUUAGUAAAGACCAAGGAAAGUUUGUUGUUUCUAACUCUUCAUUGAGUGAGUUUGGUUGUCUUGGCUUCGAAUAUGGUUACUCUUUGUCUUCGCCAGAUGCUCUUGUCAUGUGGGAAGCUCAAUUCGGUGAUUUCGCCAACAAUGCGCAAUGUAUCAUUGAUCAAUUCAUUGCCUCUGGUGAGGUCAAGUGGAUGCAAAGAUCCGGUCUCGUCAUGUCGUUGCCUCACGGUUAUGAUGGUCAAGGACCUGAGCAUUCGUCCGGUCGUAUGGAGAGAUAUCUUCAACUUUGCAACGAAGAUCCUCGUAUCUUCCCUUCGCCAGAGAAGCUCGAACGUCAACAUCAAGAUUGUAAUAUGCAGAUCGCUUACAUGACGUCACCAUCUAACUUGUUCCACGUCUUGAGACGACAAAUGAACAGACAAUUCCGAAAACCUCUUAUCAUUUUCUUCUCAAAAUCUCUCCUCCGUCACUCCAUCGCUCGUUCACCAAUUGAAGAAUUUACUGGUGACUCGCAAUUCCGCUGGAUCAUCCCUGAUGCCGAACAUGGCAAAACUAUCAACGAGCCUGAGAAAAUCGAGCGUGUUAUUCUCUGCACUGGACAAGUUUAUGCCGCCUUAAGCAAGUACCGCGCCGACAACAACAUUAAAGACACUGCCUUCACUCGUAUCGAACAACUCAACCCCUUCCCAUGGCAACAACUCAAGGAGAAUCUUGAUAUGUACACUAACGCCAAGACCAUCGUCUGGUGUCAAGAGGAACCCCUCAACGCCGGUGCUUGGAGUUUUACUCAACCUAGAAUCGAGACGUUGUUGAACAACACCAAACACCACGAUAGAAAGCACGUCAUGUAUGCAGGCAGAGAUCCAAGCGCUAGUGUGGCCACCGGUCUCAAGGCCAGCCAUACAAAGGAGGAAGCGAAGUUGUUGGAGACAGCUUUUACUGUUACACAGGAUAAGUUAAAGGGAGAAUAG